AUGGCUCCCUCACCAGCGGUCGUCGACGAAAGAGUCGUCGUCGACGUUUUGCAGAAACUCCCCAAGAGGAAAUGGGUCAGUUACCUCUGGGACACAUUCGACAAGUCGCCCGAAGAGCGCAAGCUGCUGUUCAAGCUGGAUACGGCGAUAUUGACUUUCGCUUCCCUUGGGUACUUCAUCAAGUAUCUCGAUCAAGUCAACAUCAACAAUGCGUUUGUCUCUGGGAUGUAUGUUGGUGCUAUCUCCAACCUCGAUGACCAUCCGUUGACCGAGCGCAGGAAAGAAGAUCUCAGCCUGUAUGGCAACCAGCUCAAUUACAUGCAGACCUGCUGGACGGUUGGCUAUGUGAUUGGCGAGAUUCCAAGCAAUUUGCUCCUGACGCGCAUCCGGCCCCGAUAUUGGAUUCCGGCUAUGGAGCUGCUAUGGACGGUUCUGACCUUCGCAAUGGCACGCUGCAACACCGUGACUCAAUUAUAUGUCCUGCGCUUUUUUGUUGGCCUGGCAGAGAGCACAUUCUACCCCGGCAUGCAGUACAUCAUUGGCUCGUGGUACCGCAAAGACGAGCUGGCGAAGCGAUCGUGCAUUUUCCAUACUAGUGGUGGGAUCGCGAGUAUGUUUUCUGGCUACCUGAUGGCAGGUGUGUAUCAUCUUGGUGGCAGGGGCGGGUUCAAGGGUUGGCAAUGGUUGUUUAUCAUCGACGGUGUGAUCUCUCUCCCCGUCGCGCUGAGUGGAUUUUUCAUUCUGCCCGACGUCCCGGAGAUUUCGAACCCGUGGUACUUGACCAAGGAGGAAAUCGCCCUUUCACAGAAUCGUAUGCAGCUUGAAGGACGCAAGAAUAGAGGGCCGUUGACCAGGAAGAAGUUGAAGAAGAUCUUUUCGUCGUGGCAUAUCUAUCUACUGACACUGCUAUAUUUGUGCUUCAACAACGGUGCUGCAGGGAGCCAGCCUGUAUUCCAGCAAUACCUCAAAUCCUCGAAAGACCCCAGGUAUUCCGUCGGCCAGAUUAAUGCCUAUCCGACAACUACCGGGGCCGUUCAAGUUGUGACGACCCUAAUCUACGCUUGGAUGUCUGACUCCAUCCUCGGCGGCAAACGAUGGCCACCGGUCAUAUUCGGCGCGAUAAUAAACAUUGUCUCGUACACCUCCCUCGCUAUAUGGGAUAUUCCCACCGGGUGGAGAUGGACCUGCUACAUUAUUGCCGGCGCAGGGUAUGGGCUCAGUGGUCUUCUGAUGGCAUGGGCACAUGAGAUCUGCUCCGAGGACAACGAGGAACGGGCACUGGUGGUAGGCAGCAUGAAUGAGAUGGCGUAUGUGUUUCAGGCGUGGUUGCCGCAGGUUGUGUGGCAGCAGGUCGAGGCGCCGAGGUACCGGAAGGGGUUCAUCACGGUGACGGUUCUGUCAGCUAUACUUAUUAUAUCGACUUUUGUGACGGUUAGACUGGACAAGAGGGAAAGGGCUGAAAAAGCUGCCAAGCUAUCCGAAACCACAGAGCAUGAGAGUGAGGACAGUUUCCCGGAGAUAGCUUCGGAGAAUGGAGGUUUGGUUAAGGUGUAA